AUAGGCCCCUAUAUACCGCCUCCUCAUGCUGCUGCCAGGCCCCUAAUCUGCCAUGGGCCCCUAUUUACCGCCUCCUCAUGCUGCUGCCAGGUCCAGAGUCUCUCAUGGGUCCCUGUACGGCCUCCCAUUGCUGCUGUCUCCAUCGCCACACUCUGCCAUGUUGCCACUUUCAGGUCUCCUCACACUGCUGGUGUUUCAAUUUUUUGACAUAGGGUGUGCAGCAUUACGGGCCUCCCAUAGCUGCUGCCAGGCCCCUAAUCUGCCAUGGCCCCUAUACCGCCUCCUCAUGCUGCUGCCAGGUCCACAGGUCUCUCAUGCCAUGUGCCCCACUUUCAGGUCUCCUCACAACUGCUGGUGUGUUGAAUUUUUUGACAUAGGGUGCUGGCAAGAUUAGGGGCCUCCCAUAGCUGUCUGCCAG